AUGGAUAUAGAUGAAGAAAAUGAGGUGCUACCCAACGGGACAGAUAAUCUCAUAGGGGAGCUCUUAGUCCGUCGUCAUAACGCCGGCGUCGCAGCUCUCACUACGGAGUCUCGUGGGCCACAACGCGAAGUUGACAAUUGCCCUGAUCUCGGGCUUAUAACAGCACCCUUGGAUGGCAUGAAGCGCCUGCAGCAGUCGCGCGACCAGGAAAUAUCUCCACGCAGUAUUGUAUCGGCGCUGCUCUGGGAGCUCUGUCAGCUCACCGAAACCAGCAUUGCAAGUGUCAUCAACACGGACGGCUGGCCGUGUUUCCAGAUGACCCCAGCCACGUUGCACAGUGAUCUCGACAGCAUGCAGCCGGAAGCCCGAGCUGCUGACGCGGCCAGGCGGUUCCGGUACAGCUAUCCUUUCAACAAGGGGAUGCGCCAGGCCGAGUACGUCUUCUGGCCGUACCAGUAUCGGUAUCCGCCUUCCAACGAACCGGACUUCGAACCGGAGCCCAACAGCGAAGGCAGAUGGGUGCUUAUAAUCAUUCGUUUGGAGAACAACCCGCUUCCAGCCCAUCAAUGGGAUAGACUCGCCACUCAAGUCACCAUUGUCGACCCCGUAGCGCACCAACGUGCCCAGCGGAGGCGAGCGGUCGAGGUCCGGCUGGAGCAAAUCCUGGAGGCCGGUCACAUCAGGCUCGUUCCAGGGGCUCUGGAGGCGCAUCCCACGAUCGCGGUCCCGGACCUCCCCGACGACGAGCUCUGGGCCACGGGCCAUGUAUGCUACGCCGUGGCGCGCGAGAUGUUUCGGCGGCUACGGGUGAUUCUGGGGACGGGGGCCAGGGGGGCGCUGGCGCCGUGCUUCUACGCCGGGUUCGACGAGCCGGCGAACCACGACCACGCGCGCAAGUGCAUGCUUUCGGCGUGCGCGCUGCGGGCCGUCGAGAAGUCGCGCUACUUCGGGCAGCUGGCGGUCGAGGUGCCGGCGGCGCAGACGGUCAACGGCUUCGACCCGGUGCGGCUGCGCGGGCCCCACGAGCAGGCGUACCCGGAGGACGUCCGGUACCGCUCCCUCUGGCACGACCAGCCCGACCCCAAGCACGCCGGCGACUUUGACGACGACGAGCGCUACGCCCGGCUCUGGCUCCGGCCCCCGCAGGAGGUGUUCGCCAAGAGCCUCCGGACUUACCAUCCGGACCCGUAUGCGGCCAGGGAGAUCCAUCCGAAUGCGGUAGACUAG